AUGGAUCUCGAGAAUAUGUCUAUCAGGAGCUUACCUCUACCGCCCUUCACAAUUCUUUGCGCCAUCGCCGUGGUCAUCCUAUCAUGGAUCCUAGUAACCUUUCCGCCGACACCACUGCGCAGACUCUUAUCAACAUCCAUGCUCCAACGACUUGUCAAAGGUCAUUUCCGCGAACGGAAAGUCUACGAUAUCAUUGAGUUGCGAGUCUACCCCGUCAAAUCAUGCCGUGGGAUCAGCAUCCGCAAAACAAACAUGCAAAUGCAUGGCCUGGAUCUAGAUCGACAGUGGAUGUUCGUCGACGCCAAGACUCACCAAUUCCUAACCAUCCGGGAAAACCCACGCAUGACGCUCAUCAAGACAACCAUUAGCGAAGAUGGGAAGUACCUAAUCCUCAGCGUGGGCGAUGAGCAAGUUCGCAUCGACGCAUAUCCAAGCCAGGAAUACUUGACAAAAAAUUUGAAGCUUGUGCCCGUCAAGAUCUGGUCCGACAAUACAGAUGGGUACAUGUACGGCCCCGAAGUCAACGAUGUCUUUUCCCGGUUCCUGGGCCAGGAGGUGCGGCUCGUAUACAAAGGUCCAACGGAUCGUAUCCUGGCCGCGAAUGCGAAACCGGAACUUCUGGGGAGGACUCAAUCGACUUAUUUCCCGGAUGAGAUGCCGCUACUGAUUGCUUCGGAUGCGUCUAUUACGGAGCUCAAUUCGAGAUUGACUGAGAAAGGCGAGAAGGCGAUCACUAUUGAACGCUUUCGGCCUAACAUUAUUGUUAGCGGCAAUCAGCCUUGGUCGGAGGAUUCGUGGCAUACGGUGCAAAUCGCUUCUCCCCCAUCAUCCUCUUCGAGUAACACCGCUCCUGGUGAAAAAGAGCAGAAGCCAAUCAUCAUUGACGUCGUCGCUCGCUGUGCGCGCUGCCAAGUACCAAAUGUUGAUCCUACAACCGCCGAAAAGCAUAAGCGCGAGCCGUGGAAUACGCUCAUGUCGUAUCGUAGAGUUGAUGAGGGGUCAAAGUAUAAACCGUGUUUUGGCAUGCAUAGUGUUCCACGAAACGAAGGGGAGAUUGAGGUUGGGAUGCAGUUGGAGGUGUUAAUAGAGACGGAUAAACAUAAGAUUACUAAUUAA